AUCCAGAGUUCACCAUUUUUAUUUUGUACGCUCCAAAGAAUGGGAGAGGUGGUGUGUACUGGUGCAAUCGUUACACGCAACUCUACAUCGAACACAGUAGAGAUCAAAGUAUCGCGUCUAAACAAUCUCACUUCAGGAACAAACGAUUCUCCUCCGUUCCCAACCCCUUACCUCCUUUUGGACAACAUCGUUAGCUUUGAUGAACACGACAUGUAUGUUCUCCUGUAUCCAAGGCUCCAAGAUCCCAACUUAUGCCGUAUUCUCUCCUCCGAGAUUGCUUCCAAAGCCAAGCGAGUUCAAGGCUCCUUUGACGUCACAAUAGAACAAUAUAUAAUCGAGGAAGAAACAUGCGCUAUUUGCUUGGAGGAUGAUGAUGAUGAAUACUUAACCGAAAUGCCAAACUGUACGCAUGAGUUUCAUAGUGAAUGUAUCACUGCGUGGUUAUGUAUGAGUAAUAGUUGCCCUACCUGCCGUGCUCCAAUUCUGGAUGACUACGACUGUACGAGUGACGACGACUCUACGAGUGACGACGGCUCUACGAGUGACGACGAAAGUAGUGAAUAGGGUUUUUAUAUUACUGAUAUUUUGAUCCCCUAUAUGUCUUUUCAUGAGAUUUGAUCGCCUAUAUCUCUUUUCUUUGAGUACAAUAAAUGAAAUGGAAUUUUCAUAUUAUACUAGAUUUCAGAUUUCUUGAUUCUUGUCUUGUGCGUAUCUUUUCUGAAUCAAUACACAACUCUAAAGGCGGCUGAUAGAUUCUCAGUUUGAUAGCAAGGUGAGACUCACGUAACAAUCAGUGUCUAGAAUAUCCCUAUUAGGAUUAGAACUUACAAGUGAUUUAAGAUAACGUUUCGAUUCUUUUAUUUAUUCACGUACUGGUUGUAAUAUUUAGCUCGCCGUCCGGUGUAUCCGGCUUUGCUCACGGCUAUUUAGUUGCCAUUUUUGUUGCUUUCUCUUGCUAAAAACUCAUUUGGUUCAGUGAGAGCACUAGUACGUGUGGUUUUUCACUAAGCUCAUAAAUCAGCCGACAUAACUAGUAUAGUAGUCAUCUCUAUCUUUAAUCAGUGUAAGGAACCGAAACAAGUCACCCAUUGUAAUAUUAGCACAAAAAACUAUUGUUUUUCCCACUGUCGUCUCUCUAUAUUCAACCUUGAACAAACAUCAAGAAAUUGCCGAAUUUUAAACAUAAAAAUAACAUAAGGGAUCGAGAGAAAUGCAGAAGAUUUCGAUGCUAAAUUGCUAAUACAACUUUUAGGUUUUUGUGGGUUUUAAUUAGGUUCAUUGGGCUCUGAGUUUUAUAAUGUUGACAA